AUGCCCAAACUUGCAAACAUUAAAAAACUACAGAAAGAAAGAGCUGAGGUAGCUCAUUCUGCGCUUGCAAAUUAUGUUGACCUUGAUUCAAAUAAAGAAUAUGUUGAUUCCAGUAGUAAUUCUGAUGAAAGUUCAGAUGAGAAUUUUGAGCUAAAUGACCAUAACCAAGUGAAUUCAAUUAUCGAGAAAGCAGUAAGAGGAAGUUUAAAAAUUUCAUAUUUUUUUAACAAUCAACUUUCAACUACCGAUUACGAAGAAGAUGCUGAAGACUUUCAAAGUCAAGAAUAUCAGGAUGAGGAAAACUUGAAUAAAGAAUUGAAUGGAAACUUGAGUGAAGAAUUGGAUGAAGAAACAAAAAAAAUCCAUAGCGCAAUUGAGUUCAUUGACAAUGUAAUGAGUGAAGAAACACUUUUCAAAACCAAAGAGGCAUGUUACACAGCAGUGAUCUACUUCUAUAGAUUGCUUCUAAAAGGUCAAAAAAAAAUGGAUGCAGCUAAAGCGAUUUCCGAUGUGAUUAAUGGAAGAUCCCCCUCAAAAAGCUUGCUUCAUGACGAGUUAGUUUCCUUUGAGUUGGCUACUUAUCUACACUUCCAGAAGUUCAAUAUAGAUCCCAUUAUAGUUAAGAACUAUUUUGAACAAACUAUUCUUUCUCAGUUGAACAUUAAGUCUCAGUACAAAAAAUGUGUAUAUGUUGAUGGACAUAAACAUCCUGAUGUUGUCGAAUAUCAUCAAACAUUUCAUCAAGAG